UAUUGUUUAGAUGAUUCAGAAAGAACAAAGAAAACUAGGGGUCCUACAAUGAUGCAUGCAGUACAUAUGCGAGAACAACGUGUAUGCAUUAUAUUAAAUAAGUUUGGUCAGCCAAUUGGACCGGAUGAUGCUACGCUAGAUGAAUUCUCAUCCUUUUUGGGGACAAUUGCUCAUCAUUAUUACUUUGCACCCUUGGUAGUUGGUACUUGGCGACGCAUGCCGGACAAGGACAGUAUGUGGGAUUAUGUAUUGUCCAAAUAUGAUGUUGCCCUGAAGGGAAAAAAGUGGGUAUUAAGUACAAUUGGGUCAGCCUGGAGAGUUCACAAGUGUCGAUUCAAGACAAGGCUUUGCUUACAAUACAAGGAUAAUAAGAGCAGAUGGCGUAACCGGCCAAAAGACAUUCCUGAAAAAGAUUUCCGAAUGCUCUUAAAGUUGUGGAAUUGUAAAGAUUACCAGCAAAAAUGUAAUCGUAACAAGGGUAAUCGCGCUCUUCGAAAGGAUAACCCCACGACGGGUCGCAAGUCUUAUGCUAGAGUUCGUGCAAAAUUGCAAACUACUCUUCCAAAUAGUGUUGACAUACCGUUAUCAACUAUGUAUGAAGCCACACGCAAAAGAACUGAAGGACGUCAAUAUAAAGGAUCAUAUGAAGAUACUGCUGCAAAAAUUAUUGAAAUGAAAAAUUAUGAGGAAGACAAUAAUGAAGAAGGUGAAGCUGCAGUUGAUGGGUAUGAUGUUGUUGUGUCAAAGGAGAAAAGUGGUGGUCCAAUAAUGUGUGGAAGAGGUGUUACCAAGAAAGACCUUGCUAAUACAAAAGAGACCGUGCAUCAGUCGCAUGUCAUGACUUCUAAUGAUAUGGAGACAAUCAUGAGCACUUUGAGAAAGGAGAUUGAAGAGAAAAAUGAGAAAAAGGAUGCUGAGCUAGAACAAAUGCGAAAGGAGCGUGAAGUUGAGAAACAGAAG